UAGUGGCAGGCAAUCGCGGCCCGCGCCAACACGCUAGUCGCUCCGAAGCCCGAUUGCCAGUCUUAGCAAGGUCGCUCUCAAGUCGCCACGCGAGUGCAACAGCGCACAAAUAACUUUAAACGCGCGAAAAAUGGCAGCUACCGAAGAACUAAGCGGAAUUCUAAUGAGGAGACAGGCGAUCAACGACAAACUCGACGAGGGCUUAGACAUUAAACCGAAAUAUAAAUUCGUCAAUGUAUUCACCGAGUUCCACGAAUUUAGCAGAAAGGAAAUAAAACAGUACGAGCAAACCUUCAACAAAUUUGACGAGGGGCGAGAUGGCUUUCUAGACUUGAACGAAGUAAAACGCAUGAUGGAACGUUUAGGGGCUCCUCAAACACACCUUGGAUUAAAAGCCAUGAUUUCAGAAGUAGAUGAAGAUGGCGACAACAGAAUUAGUUUUAGGGAGUUCUUACUUAUAUACAGAAAAGCGAGAGCAGGAGAACUCGAAUCGGAUUCAGGGUUGGAAGCAUUCGCGAGACUGACCGAAAUAAACGUAGAUCAAGUAGGAGUUAACGGGGCGAAAAAUUUCUUCGAAGCUAAAAUCGAAGAACUAUCUAAAACUAACAAGUUCCACGACGAAAUAAUACAAGAACAGGAAGAAAAACGUCGCGAGGCAGAAGAAAAGGCUUUAAGGAAACAGAGGUUCAAAGAAAAAUCUGCGAUCUUUCAACAUUAAUUAGAGCUAGGUUAGGUUGUUGUAUCUAGUCCAUAAGCUGUUACCAUGUAAUAUGUUUAAGAUGUAUAUUGUAGGUGUAUCUUGUAAAAUAAUUUUAUAUAAGUUAAAAGAGUUGAGUGUUUUCGGUCAAUAUAGGUUUAUCUUUACAUUUUCGAGAAGUUUUCUGGCAAAAAUAUUACAGCUAUGCUGCUGAAACUGUUAUUUCGAUAUUUGGUCCAAUCACCUUGAUGUAAUUCCAAUCUUUAUGUUUUCAACACGUAAGCGCAAAAAGCAUUCGUUUGAUGACUUCCUUAUGCUUUGCUCAAUGCGUUACGAAUUUUGAUGCAUAGUAGGAGUGAACUAGUUUGCAUCUAGGUCCCUGGUAAUGUCAACAGAAUACUUUCAUAUUUUUAAUUGUAUAACUUGUUAAGUAUAUGUAUGAGAGAUAUAUGUUAAGAAUCUUAGUUACUUCCUCAAAAUAUAACAAUAGUGGGUUACGGUCUAAACUUUAGGUAAACUUUGUAAGGUAAAUUUUCUGUUUUUUGUCUUUACAUUAAAAAUUAACCAAAGGCAAACCAUGUUUUUCAACCUAAAUUCCUUGUUAAUCGUAUUUGUAUGGAUUAUGCCAAGCUAUCCAAUUAUUAUUUUAUUUAUUAUGGAAAUUAAAUUUGUAAAUAA